UGUUCUAAACUUUACUUAGGACCUCACUUAAAGGAAGCCGUGGAGAGCGCGGUAACGUGAGCAGGUUUGUGUGCAAUCGCGAAGUUUUUAUUGUCCUUAAGAUGGAGGAAGAAUAUGAUAAGUUACAAAAAGACUUGAAAGAAAAUGGUCAGGAUCAUUUGAUGAAAUUUAAAGACACGCUACCGAAGCAUCAACAGCAGUUGUUAAUCAACGAUCUUCGAAAUAUCAAGUACGCGAAGAUUAAUCUCGCGUUCGAGAAGACGAUGGCCGAGGCAAACACUAUGCAAAAGAAGGACGAAAAAUUGCAGCCAGUUCCUCCAGAGCAGGUUGGCAGUGUCAUUGGAGCAGAAAACCAAAACAACGUCACCGACUGGAGAAAUAAAGGACUGCAAGCAAUAAGCGAAGGUAAAGUCGCUGUACUACUUCUGGCUGGUGGUCAAGGUACUCGAUUGGGAGUUGAUUAUCCGAAAGGAAUGUACAAUGUCGGUUUACCAUCUGGGAAAACCCUUUAUCAACUGCAAGCUGAGAGGAUCUUGAAAUUGCAGGAGUUGGCGUACGAGCACACUGGAGAGAAAGCUACGAUUCCAUGGUACAUCAUGACCAGUGAACAUACAAUGGAUGAAACAAAAGAGUACUUCCAGGAACACAAUUAUUUUGGACUCCAAAAAGAUGAUGUGAUUUUCUUUGAGCAGCACACCCUUCCAUGUUUGACCCUUGAAGGUAAAAUCAUUCUUGACCAGCCUGGUAAAGUUUCCAGAGCCCCUGGAGGAAAUGGUGGCUUGUAUGAAGCUCUUCAUGAGAAGAAACUUAUUGACAAGAUGCGAGGAUGUGGUAUAGAGUAUGUGCAUGUGUAUUGUGUUGAUAACAUCCUGGUCAAGAUGGCCGAUCCUGUCUUUAUUGGAUUUUGUAUGGCCAAGUCAGCAGAAUGUGGUGCUAAGGUUGUGGAGAAAAAAAGGCCAGAGGAGAGGGUAGGAGUGGUGGUCAAAUGCGAUGGAAAAUAUCAGGUUGCAGAGUACAGUGAGAUCUCUGAAGAACUGCAGCACAAAAGAAACCCUGAUGGAAAACUUACCUUUCGUGAAGGAAACAUUUGCAACCAUUUCUUUACCAUAGACUUUUUGGAAAAAAUUGUCAAAGAGCUUGAGCCAUCGCUAAAAUACCACAUUGCCAAGAAGAAAAUUCCUUAUGUUGAUGACAGUGGGAAUCGGAUUGUGCCUGAUGCACCUAAUGGAAUAAAACUGGAGAAGUUUGUUUUUGAUGUCUUUGAAUUUACUGAAAAAUUUGCAGUCUUAGAGGUUGCCAGGGAAGAUGAAUUUUCUCCUCUGAAAAAUAAGAAAGGUUCAGCAACAGACAGCCCAGAAACAGCUUGCAGAGACUUGCUGAAUUUACAUCAUAACUACAUAAUCAAAGCAGGGGGAACAUUUGUUGACAGCACCAAGGACAGCCCUUCAUUGUGUGAAAUAUCUCCCCUUCUCUCUUAUGCUGGAGAGGGAUUGGAAGAUGUAGUUAAAGGCAAGGAGUUCUCAGCAACAAAGACUAUUCAUCUGACACCAGAGAAUAAAGAAGUAAAAGAUGGAGAGCUACCACGAAAGAAAGUCAAGGAGGGUUGAAAAAAUUAUUAAUGCUGGUCAUAGGAAUAUUUUAAUUGUCAAAAAUUUGUGUGGAAUUCUAAUUAGAUUUGAAAAUGGUUAUCAGUAAGAAUUGACUGGUUAGGAAACCUUACAGAUUUAAUUGUUGUACACUGUGGGUUUCAACAUAAGCGACAGUAACUUGUUUGUUGGUAUCUCUAAUUUUUCUCAGCUUUCCUAACCAGUGAACUCUAAUAAUAUAUAAUACUACGGUUUUAUUGUAGUUAGGAAAAUGAUGGUAUGUUAUAAUAUAAAAUGCUGCACAUUCAAUUUUGGAGGAAGCAGUACUGUAAUUCAAAUCAUUUUUAUUAUGAUUAUUGGUAUUAUUGUUUUCAGUAUCACUCAUUGUCAGUUUUGUUGUCAUCAUCAUUUUCGUUAUCAUUACUGGUAUUACCAGUAGUUAUUUUCAUUAUCAUUAUCAUAACCAUUGUUAUUGUCAUUAUUAUCAUCAGGCAUUGUCAUCGUCAUUUUUAUUAUCACUAUUAGUUAUGUUAUUUUCAUCAUUAUUGUUAUAUCUAAGAUAGAAAAUAUGAAACACACCUUUUAAAAAGGGUUGGGGGGAAGGGUUGGAGGCGGGUGUUUUGGAAUAUUAUAUCACACCAGAAGUUGAGUGAAAAUGCACUCACACUUUUGAAGCGCUAAGUCAACCAAUCAAAUUCAAGAGCAUAGCCUUGACUUUAACUAACGUAUGGUGUUGUAUGAAAAGUUUCUCACUUGAUUGUAGGAAACGUUUGGGAAUUCUAUUCAAAAAAACGGAAAUUUUUGAUCCUAUAUUCUUUAAGUUAAAAGAAAUAUUCACAAAUAUGGACUGCAAAAAUUUGCCUAAACAUACUUGACCUUAAGAUGGAUGAAAAUCUAACUUUGGCGCCAGAUUUUUACAAGCACUGUAUUUCUCAUAAAACUUUUUUGCAAAGCGGAUAGAACUGAUCCAAAAUUUGCAGUUCUGAAAAUGAAUUAUAGUGUCUGUCAGAUAAGUGUCAUUGAAAGAGCAGUUUCAUUGGAAUGUCGAAAGUAAAUUGGGAUUGCAUUGAUUUUGUUCUAAUUUGCCCUGUGAUUGGUCUAGGAAACUCUUACCAUUCUCUCAACCAAUCAGACGCAACACUAAGACCAACCAGGACGUGUUAUCGCGCCCAAGUUAGUUUCGUUGGUUUUCUUUUUCCUUGAGUUUUCAUAGGCUCUUGAGGAUCUUUUCCUUCCUUCUGAUUGGCUUUUAAGAUAACUUUGGUUUUGAUUUUACGACACUCAAUUGAAAAGAGUUCAAUUAUGAUGGUAUCAGGGCCAAAGAGGAACACAACAAGAACAUUCUUUCGCAUGCUAAACCUUCAGAUAGAAGAAAUCUAACUUUGGGACUUGUUUCAGUAUUCUAUGAAUAUGUUGCUAAUCCAUAAAAUGCACAUCGAAAUGUUAUUUUUUUAAAGUUAGAUGGACUUUUGAAAUCGACUUUUGAUGUCAUUAAAUGAAAUGAUUAAAGCUUCAAACCAG